AUGGUUUUCAUUUCAUUGAAAUUAAAACGAUUUCAUAGUGUAAACAAUUUUGUUUCUGCUGACACGCCCAAGCACCCAACGCCCACACCGCAGCGCUCCAGCUCGCGGCCCCACAAGGCUCCGGUGAAGCUGAUCUCCGCGCCCUCCCCCCCUCUCAGGAAGAGCCAGGGGGGGCGGCGGGAGGGGGCCAAGAUAAAGGAGGAGGUGGAUUCUGAUGAGCCUCUGGACUCCAUCAGGAUAAAGAAAGAGGCAGAACUAGAGGCGGCGGUGGACGACUUGUUCAGAGACGAUGAGAUGGAAGACUCAAAGGACUUCCUCUCCCUGAUGAAGCCGGAACGCAUGGAGGAAGAUUCUCCUUCGGAAGAGGAGAGCGUGCCGAGCGACGCCAGCUUCUAUGAUGAGAUGCCCUCCUCUGACUCCGAGGAUGUAGAGGACUGGUUCGCGCUGGACGUGCGCGCCGAGCGGGCUGGUGACUACAUACCUCUGCUGGGACACCGAGCCUUCGAACUUCUAGGUGAAGAGAAGAAGAGAGUGGUCAAGAAGCUGACAGACCUGCGCGAAAGUAUAACCUCCCUUAACGAGCGGAGUAGGGACCAAAUGAAAGAGAUAGAGAAUGCCAGGAAAGCACUAGCCGAGUUAGAUGCCCUGCUUAUACAUACAUGA